CUGAAGGAUGCUGCGCACCUGCUCUGGGGUGCCUGCGUGUGUCUGGUCAGGUGAUGCGUGUCCACCUGUCCCAGGAUGUGUGUGUGUGUGUGUGUGUGUGUGUAUACACCUGUCCCGCGGGCUCCGUAUCAGUCCCAGGGCGGGUGUGUGUCCAAGUCCCGGGGGUGAUGCUCGUCCCGCCCCGCCGCUGCCGGUGUUCCCGCCCGGGGCGGUGGGUUGGUGGGUGCAGCUGGCCCGGCCCCCGGGCUCCCGGCAGGGAGGCGGGGAGGGUCGGGGCCGGCCCCGCUCUGAUCCCUCCUCCUCCUUCCCCGCCCGCCGCCUUUUCCCCGCGGCCGCCGCCGCCGCCCGCCGGGCGCAUCCCAGCGGAGUCUGUCGGAACUCGGGGCGGCGGCGUUCGCCGCCGGCCAUGGCCGUGCCCGCCGCGCUGCUCAGCCCCCACCACCUCCUCUCCUUCUGCUUCCCCGCCGCCGGCGGGCUCCUGGGCUAUGCCGACCUGGAGAAGGGCUACGAGGGCGGCGGCGGCGACGCGGGGGACUUUAGAGAAGCCACCCGGGACCUGCUGAGCUUCAUCGACUCGGCUUCCAGCAACAUCAAGCUGGCGCUGGACCGGCCGGUGAAGUCCCGGCGGAAGGUGAACCAUAGGAAGUACCUGCAGAAGCAGAUCAAGCGCUGCACCGGCAUCAUCGCCGCCGCCGCCCCGCCGCCCGCCGCCUGCCCGCCCGCCGCCUGCCCCGCCCGGCCCCCGCCGCGCCGGGAGCCCGCGCAGGCGGCGGGCAGCAGCCUCCAGAGCAAGAGCCUGGCCGCCCUCUUCGGCUCCCUGCAGCGGGGCCGGGGCGCGGCGGGCGGCGCCGAGGCCAAGGCGGGCGGCGGCGGCGCGGGCGGCGGGGAGAGGGCGGCGGGCGGCCCGCGGAAGGUGCCGCUGCGGGACCGCAACCUGCCGCCCUCCUUCUUCACGGAGCCCGCGCUGCCCGGCCCCGCCGCCCGCGGGCCGCCCGCCAAGGAGCCGGAGAAGGGCGGAGGGGGCGGCGGCGCGGAGGCCACCGAGUUCUUCGAGCUGCUGUGCCCCGAGUACGGCGCGCUGCUGCCCGAGCACGCCGCCCCGACCGACGCCUUCGGCGGCCGCCUGCCCGCCGAGCUGGGGCUGGAGCACGGGCUGUACGAGCUGCCGCUGCCCGCCGGGCCGCACCCGCUGCUGGGCGGGCUGCUGUACCCCGAGCCGCCCUGGAGCCCGGCCGCGCCCUGCAGCCCGCCCAGGAAGGCGCCGGCCGAGCCGCUGCGCCCCAUCUACCCCGGCGGCGCCGAGCCCGUGCCCGCCGGCGGCGGAGGCGGCAGCGAGGAGCCCGGCGGGCACCUGCCCGCGGGGUUCGCCCCCUUCUUCCCCGAGUGCCCGCUGCCCCCGCCGCAGCCGCCCUACGACUACGGCGGCGGGUACCACCGCGGGGGCUACCCCGGGCUGUAG